GCUACUACCCUGAAGGAAGGCAGGCAGGCAGGAGCUUUUCUUUUUUCCCCACCAUUUAACCACCAACCGCCCUAUUCCAUUGAAUUAAACUUUCCUCACUAGUUAUAUAUACAAGUCCCCACCACCCGCCCUCUCUGAGCUCCACCUUCAAACCAAAAUGGCAAUUGGCAGAGACCCUUCCCCAAUCACCUUCCUCGCCACCGUCUUCCGCCAGUACAAGAAGAUUAGCAACAUCCUAUUCGUUGCCCUGCUUGCCAUUUCCUUUGUCGUAGGUGCCUCUGCAGGUGAUGCUUACGCAUCCAAGCACGGCCACCACCACCACCACCACCACGGCCACCAUGUCCACCUCAACCCCAAGAUGCCCCGAGCAGCACAUGCAGUUGUGAGGUCUUCGUGCGCACACACGCGGUAUCCUGACCUCUGCAUGUCAUCCCUCACGGGCUACUCCGGUUCAUGGAAGAUGAGUUGCCAGAAGGAUGUGAUAUUCGCAUCCUUGAACCUGACGUCGACAGCGGUGGGAAGAUCCUACCUCCGACUCCAGAAGCUGACCGAGGCGAAAGGGCUACCGCCCAGCUCUCAGACUGCUCUCCGCGACUGCCUCGAUCUCAUGAGCGAGACACUGGAACAGCUAGACUGCACAGCACAGAGAUUAAGAACGUAUCCCAGCAACAAGUCCAUAGAGGAACAUGCUUGCGACUUGAAGAUCCUCCUCAGUGCGGCAAUGACUAACCAGGACGCAUGCCUCGAGGGUUUCUCGCCCCUCAACCAUACCGGCCAUCCUGACUUCCCCCGACAGAAAUCAAUCAAGAAAGGGGCGGACCACGUAUACCGCAUGGUCAGCAAUUCCCUGGCAAUGGUCACCAACAUGACCAACUCGGACCUCGCCAUGAAGCAGCAGCAGCUUCUUGGCCGACGCAGAAGGCUCUUGGGGUCAGCCAGCCCCUUCAAGGUCGAGGGCGGUUUCCCCAACUGGAUGCCGGCCGGUGAUAGGAAGCUGUUGCAGGAUGGGGCUGUAGCGGCCGACAUAGUGGUGGCUGCCGAUGGGAGCGGGAACGUUAGGACGGUGACGGAGGCGAUCAACAGAGCGCCAGAGGGGAGCGGUCGGAGGUACGUGAUAAGGGUGAAGGCUGGGGUUUACAGGGAGAACGUGGUUGUGCCGCCCAGGAAGACAAACAUCAUGCUUGUCGGCGAUGGGCGAGGAGCCACGACCAUCACGGGCAGCAGGAGUGUGAGUGAUGGAAGCACCACCUUCAGCUCUGCCACCUUCGGUGUCUUCGGCGAUAGAUUCGUGGCGAGGGACAUCACCUUCCAGAACACGGCAGGUCCAUCGAAGGGCCAGGCCGUGGCCUUACGCGUCGGGUCGGACUUCUCUGCCUUCUACAGGUGCGAGAUCUCUGGUUAUCAGGACACCCUCUAUGCCUACUCCAUGCGCCAGUUCUACCGUGACUGCACCAUCACGGGCACCGUCGACUUCAUCUUCGGGAACGCCGCCGCCGUCUUCCAAAACUGCGACAUCUUGGCAAGGAUGCCGAUCUCCGGGCAAAGCAACGAGAUCACGGCUCAGGCCAGGAGCGACCCCAACCAAAACACGGGCUUCUCCAUUCAGAACUGCAGAAUCGGAGGGGCCUCGGACCUUGUGCCAGUGAGCCCGCCGGUGAGGACUUUCCUCGGCCGACCUUGGAUGCCAUACUCCAGGGUGGUCGUCAUGAGAUCGAACAUCGGCUCCGUCAUCGACCCUGCGGGCUGGGACAGGUGGAUCGGAGACGCCGGGCUGAACACCCUGUAUUACGGCGAGUACAUGAACACGGGGCCUGGUUCCAACACCCAGAACAGGGUCAAGUGGAGUGGGGUCAGGGUGAUGAGCGGCUCCGAGGCGGAGAGGUUUACGGUUGCCAACUUCCUCCAAGGGGGCAGCUGGGUGGGAUCGACGGGCCUCCCCUUCUCCCUCAAUCUUUCUUAGAAUCAAUUUCCUGAAGUUCCAGCAAUCACCUUUUUUCUUCUCUCAACUAUUUAUUUACUUUUCUUGAUUUGUCGAUCAAAUGUCGCUGGAAGCAUCGACUGAAAUUAUCUUCCCUCCUAUUCAGCGAAUAACAAAUACUAGAUUUUUUUUCCAGUCCCCAUUUUAUUGCA